GAGGGAGAAAUCUUCCUUCCCGGAAGUGGAGCGACGGAGGGACACUAAAGGCGGGACAGACCAUGACAGCCUCCACUUAAAGAAUGGCAGCUUGUUUUAAGAACAGGAGCAACUUAAGAAUAGGAUCCUCUGAAAAAUUCGGUGAAUAAGACAGCGCAGGUGCAGAACAAAAGCCUCACAUGGAAGAGCCCCCUUUCCUCUCCAAAAUCUGCUCACUCAAGACUUUCCCUGACUGAGGGUGGAUUUUUUGGAAUCACAAUCACAGCUUAAGUGGUCCUGGGGAAAAAAAAAAAAACUCAGUCGAGUAACGUGAGCCUUGGAGAGUUAAAUCUUAGAACUUUGUACUGCGGACUGGAGUUAGACCUUUUCGGCUUUCCUGUGCUCUGCUUUUCAGUUCCAGUUGAGUUCUCUCCCCAGCCAGAUGCAUGUUUGCCUGCAGUAAGAAACGUAUACGCCAGAGUUAGAUUGUAACGAUGGAUGCUGCCGGGCGUCCUUCAACAGGCCAAGUUAUUCUCCUGGCAACCAGUUCAGCUGUAACUGCAAUUCUCUAUGCCGUUUACAGACACAAGUCAAAAGUUGUUCACAGCCUGAAGGCAGCCAAAAAGAUCUCCCUAGACCAGGACUUGAAGAGUAUCCUUAUGGAAGCGCCAGGAAAGUGUGUUCCCUAUGCAGUGAUAGAAGUUGUUGGUUUCCACCCCACCCCCCACCUGAUAGGUGUUGUACGGUCUGUUAAGGAAACUCUCAACAGCCAGUUCGUGGAAAACUGCAAGGGAGUGGUUCAAAGGCUCACCCUCCAGGAGCACAAGAUGGUGUGGAACCGAACCACUCACCUCUGGAACGACUACGAGAAGAUCAUCCACCAGAGAACCAACACCACGACUUUUGAUUUGGUGCCCCAGGAAGGAGAAGCCGACGUCUCAGUCCGGGUCCAGAAGCCGCUGGACGCCACCGAGCUCAGCUUGGAAACGGUGUACGAAAAGUUCCACCCCUCCGUCCAGUCCUUGACCGACGUGAUCGGCCACUACAUCAGCGGGGAGCGGCCCAAAGGCAUCCGGGAGACGGAGGAGAUGUUGAAGGUGGGGGCGGUGCUCACCGGGGUGGGGGAGCUGGUCCUCGACAACCGCACCAUCAAGCUGCAGCCCCCCAAGCAGGGCCUGCAUUACUACCUCAGCAGCCUGGACUUCGACGCCUUGCUCCAGAAGCGAGAGUCGAGCGUCCGGCUCUGGAGGGUCCUGACCGUCGUCUUCGGCUUCGCCACCUGCGCCGUGCUCUUCGCCAUCCUGCACAAGCAGUACCGCCGGCACCAGGAGCGACGGCGCCUGCGGCAGAUGCAGGAGACGAUCGCGGCCGGCGGGGACGCGGCCAACACCUGCGUCAUCUGCCUGAGCCACAGCCGCACCUGCGUCUUCCUCGACUGCGGGCACGUGUGCUCGUGCGACAAGUGCUACCAGGCCCUCCCGAGGCCCCCGCGUUGUCCCAUCUGCAGGCAAGAGAUCGCCAGAGUGGUGCCUUUAUAUAACAGCUGAAUUGCGGGGGCCUCCGGGAGUAGUUUUCUCACCCUUUUGAGUAUCGCUGCAGUCCAGAGGGGUGCAUGGCUGCAGCGCUUUGCGCGUUGGAGGCGGAGCCGAGCCGCGUAGCUUCCGGGUACAAACAGAGACCUGGAAUACUUGAUGCCUGCUGUGCCUUCGGGACUGGGCCGCUUUGGAUAUCAUGCCAAAAGGAAGGUUCUUCUCCGUUGAGAAUUCACGUCUAUGCAACUGCGUGGCGUCUCUAACUCUGCCUUCCUCGGCCGGGUUGGACUACAGCUCCCAUAAACCCCUGCCCGGGGGAUUUUGGGAGUUGUAAGCCGACACAUCUGGAAGACACUGGGCUGGGGAAGGUGGCUCUAACGAAUCCUGGUAUUUUUUCCUGUAGGCGAACUCACGGGAUCAUGUUUCUAGACCUGUCUAUUUCUUUUGCGCUACUCCUGGCUAGCGCUGCGUGGGCUGCCCCGAGAACGUUUAAAGACCCCAAUUCUCCACUAAGCAACUCCCAAGUUCAGUGCCCAGAAUAAAAUCCGCUUGCAUUGCCUGUGUUCUAA